AGAUGCAAGUCGUGAUCUACGUCACUGCGCACGCGCAACCCAGAAUACCUCCGCCCAGCAGUGUGCGUGUGACAGCUGCCUGCACUGAUGAUAUCCAUGAACGUGUCCAGCGGUAAUAACAACCCGCAUAGCACCACCCACAGUAAGAAGCAUAGGAAGAAAGGCAGGAAACAUCGAAAAGGAUCGAGUGACAACAACACCAGUUUGAAUAUUGAGUCCCAGCUUCCCACUACAGAUGAGUUGUGUCACAUCCUCACAAUACACAGGCCUGUGACUCCACCCAAGACACCUCCCCUGAACCUGUCCCAGAGCCCACCAGUCCUACAACCCCCUGCUUCCAUUAACCUGUCCCAGAGCCCGCCACAUUUAUGUCCUGCUGCUCCAACCACCACGCCACUUCCUACGCCACUAACUCUGUCUGACUACUCAGAGACACUGUCCAGUCCUAUAUGGUCCAGUCCCAUAGCACCUUCACUAUGUUUGCCUCCUCUACUGUCCAGUACUCCAACUGAGCCACUAGCUACCCCUCCAGAGGCUCUCAGCCCACCACCUCCCGAUUUCUCCCCUCCGCCACCGGAGCUUCUCGGUUCAGACGAUGAGGAACAGGAGGAUCCUUCAGAUUACUGCAAAGGUGGAUACUAUCCAGUGAAGAUUGGAGACUUGUUCAAUGGCCGGUAUCAUGUAGUCAGGAAGCUUGGUUGGGGUCAUUUCUCUACUGUAUGGUUAUGCUGGGACCUGCAGAGGAAGCGCUUUGUGGCCUUGAAAGUGGUGAAGAGUGCUUUGCACUACACAGAGACAGCGCUGGAUGAGAUAAAACUGCUCAGAUGUGUGCGCGAUAGCGACCCAACAGACCCCAAGCGAGAGACCAUUGUACAGCUUAUUGAUGACUUCAAGAUAUCUGGGGUCAAUGGAGUGCAUGUUUGUAUGGUGCUGGAGGUUCUUGGUCAUCAGCUGCUGAAAUGGAUCAUCAAGUCCAACUACAUGGGCCUGCCUCUAGUCUGUGUGAAAAGUAUCCUUCGACAGGUUCUGCAGGGUGUGGACUACCUGCACACCAAAUGUAAGAUCAUCCACACAGACAUCAAGCCAGAGAACAUCCUGCUGGAUGUAGAGGAGGUGUAUGUCCGAAGGCUGGCUGCAGAGGCCACCAUGUGGCAACAGUCAGGAGCCCCUCCCCCUUCUGGCUCCUCUGUUAGCACCGCACCAAGGGAUAACCAGAGUGGCAAGGUGACCAAGAACAAAAAGAAGAAGCUGAAGAGGAAGGCCAAGCGGCAGCAGCGUCUGCUGGAGGAGCGGCUGGUGGAUCUGCAGAAGAUGGAGGAGCUGGAUGGGACCUCUCCACCAGACCCCUCUAACCCUCUCCGCACCCUUUGGGGGCAGGAUGAGAUGAACUUCAACAUACCAUGUCCUACGCCAGGCUCCUCUGUGGUGAAUGUAAAUGGGAACUGCUACAUCCUAGGCUUGUCCACGGCUAACACAAAGGCCAACCCGGGGUCUGGCUCAUUGUGGAUGGAGGAUGGCUGUAAUGGCCACAACGCCAUGCGUUUCUCCAGCCCUGGCUCUGGCCUGUCAGGGAUGUCUGCUGGUUCCAUACUGUCAGCCACGUCUGAGUCUGCACUGUCCACCCUGUCAGGCUACUCCACUGGCAGAGACAGCCAACGCUCUCCCAGCAUGUUCAGCUCUUCAGAUUUCCUGGUCAAUCCCCUGGACCCACAGAACGCUGAUAAAAUCCGCAUCAAGAUUGCAGACUUGGGCAAUGCUUGCUGGGUGCACAAACACUUCACUGAAGACAUCCAGACGCGUCAGUACCGUUCCCUGGAGGUGUUAAUAGGGGCAGAAUAUGGUACUCCAGCAGACAUCUGGAGCAUAGCCUGCAUGGCAUUUGAGUUGGCAACAGGGGACUAUCUGUUUGAACCACAUUCUGGAGAGGAUUACACUAGAGAUGAAGAUCACAUUGCACACAUCAUUGAGUUACUGGGGGCCCUUCCGCCCACUUUUGCUCUAUCUGGGAGAUAUUCACGAGAAUACUUUGACCGGCGAGGUGAGCUCAGGCACAUAGCCAACCUGAAGCCAUGGGGUUUGUUCGAGGUGCUGUUGGAAAAGUAUGAGUGGCCAUUGGAGCAGGCAGCCCAGUUCAGUGACUUCCUCCUCACCAUGCUGGAUGUCACCCCAGAGAAGAGAGCCACUGCAGCCCAAUGUUUGCAACACCCCUGGCUUAACUCAUAGAUUUACUUCCAGCAACACAACCCCACUACUAUCUGUCUAACUUUCACUGCGUAGUCAGUCCAUACUGUACUAAUUAAGGUCGGAUUGGUGAUUCUCAUCCCAGAUGAAGAUCUUUUCAAAAUAUGUUUUGAGUAUUUAUCUAAACAAUUAUAAACUGAAGUUCCCAUUACGCUGAGAACAUAAGUAGCAGUAACCUAAAUCUAUAUAAUUUCUUUAUUAAAGCCAAAAUAACAGGUACUGUAAAUGUUUGGGAUGAGGUACAAUACGGUUUGUUUCAAAUGUAUGAUCAUUGUGCUAAUUCACAUUGAUAUGCUAAAAUAGUGCCUUGAAAUUGACUGGUAAAAAACAAAAAAUGGCUCUUUUUUUUAUGUUGCCAAAACCGUGUGGAUUGCUUCUGAUGUUGUAAACAUAAAAUGUAUGAAAACAUGACUGGAAGACCUGAGCUCUUACAAAGUGUUCUUCUGAAUAAAUCUUUUUUGGAAACCA